AUGCGACUUCCACUCCUGAGCCCUCCCUCCCUCCGGGCCCUCCUCCUACUUGGCCCCCCCGGCAUUUCUGCCGGCCAGGGCUCCACCGACGCCUCCCUUGCUGCUUCCACCGGACUCUGCGAGGCCAGGACAAUCAACUACAUCACCCACAGUCUUCCACAGCUAUGUCUGCCAACAGCCUGGUCUGCGUCGCAACAAACGGCCCUGGGUAAUGCCACCGCCGCCACCGCCACUGGAUCAUCUUCUUCCGGCUCGACAAGCGAGACGGCGACGGCGACAGCGACACAGGGUUCGCAUCGGGAAGAGGCGCCAGCGGAGAACAGCACACAAGCCGACGCACCGACCGAUCAGACCUCCCAUGGGGAAAGACAAGGCACGCAUGACGGGGACGCAGCAGCUAAGAAGGUCGAGGAGGAUGCCGAGGAUCUGGCCACGGGCUCGUUCAUGUCCUUCGAUGAGUGGAAGGCUAUGAUGCUGAAGAAGUCGGGUCAAGACCUAGCCGACCUGAAGGACAGGAAGCGACGUGAGGCCCGAGAUGCGGACCCCAAUGUGGGCGGUGGUCUCGAUGGCUGGGGCGAAGACGGCGAAAUCUCGCUGGACUUUGACGUUUUGUCAGACAAGAUCUCGGAGAUGACGGCCACUGAUAGUUCCAGGGCUGGAACCGCCUCUACCGACGCGCCAAGCGCAGAAGUGCAAGACACGACUGUGUAUGACAACGGCGUUGCCCAUUAUCGCCGUCCCAAGGACGCCGGAAAGACUUGCAAGGAGAGAUUUUCCUACUCGUCCUUCGAUGGCGGUGCAACGGUGCUGAAAACCAGCCCUGGCGCCCAAAACUCCAAGGCCAUCCUCGUCGAAAACAAGGAUUCCUAUAUGCUGUUCAUAUGCUCUCAGGAGAACAAGUUCGUUAUUGUCGAGCUCAGCGAGGACAUUCUUGUGGACACCAUUGUUUUGGCAAACUUCGAGUUCUUCUCCAGCAUGAUACGCAGUUUCCGUGUGAGCGUGAGUGACAAGUACCCAGUCAAGAUGGAGAAGUGGAAGGACCUGGGGACAUUUCAGGCGAGAAACUCCAGAGAUAUACAGUCAUUUCUCGUCGAGAACCCCAAAAUAUGGGCAAAGUACAUCCGGAUCGAGCUAUUGUCACACUACGGAAACGAAUAUUACUGCCCUGUGUCUCUACUCCGAGUUCACGGAACGCGGAUGUUGGACUCUUGGAAGGACGCCGAGGCCGGUAUUGAGGACGACGAACCAGCCGAGACCAUUUCUGGUCCUGAGGCGGUUCCGGAGGAAGAGUCCAUGCAUCAGAGUGCCUUCGAGGCCGAAGCCGAGCCCACCGCCGCAGAAACGGCAGCUCCUGUCGCAAUCAGCGAAGUGUCUCCUGGGCACGAACUGUCUCCGUGGUACCCUCCUCUUUUCAUCGAUUCUUCGUACGGCACGUGCGGCAUCAGCACACCCACAAUGACAGAGACGCUCGAUAUUUCCCCAUCAGCCUUACCAAACAGCAGCAUCCCAUCCUCCUCUCAGUCUGCCCCAAGCACCAAGGAAGCCGGUGCUUCGGCGGCCGCUGCAAAUUCGACAGCCGCUUCUACAGUUGCCUCUUCCCCUUCCCUGAGCUCCUCAACAUCGACCAAUGUUGUCUCAAAUACAUCCACAUCACCCGUUCCUCAUUCUCCGACUUCCAACAGAGCUGCUGAUACGGCGGCGAACACAACACAAACCAUCCAGAAGAUUGUGGAAGCGGACAUUCCGAAAUCAUCCGUGACGCCACCGAAACCGUCGGCUUCGUCCAAGACGCAAAAUUCGCCAUCGUCAAAACCUGCCACGAAGAACUCUGCAGCCGGGCAGUCCUCCCCACAGUCUUCGAGGACCAACUCACAAAAUAAGAACGCAACCGGCACUUCGUCUUCCGCAUCAGCGUCCCCAACGGUCCAAGAGUCAUUCUUCAAAUCUGUGUCCAAGCGACUUCAGUUCCUCGAGUCUAAUACCACGCUGUCCCUCCAAUAUAUCGAGGAGCAGUCCAAAUUCCUCCAGGAGGCGCUCAAGAAAAUGGAGCGCAAGCAAAUCUCACGCGUGGACUCUUUUCUUGAUAAUCUCAACAGUACAGUCUUCUCAGAGCUGCGCAGAGUCCGCCAGGACUAUGACCAGAUCUGGCAGUCUACAGUGAUUGCCCUGGAGACGCAACGCGAGCAGUCACAACGCGACAUUAUCGCGCUUAGGGACGAAGUCAUUUUCCAGAAGCGAAUGGCGAUAUUCCAGUCUGUCCUGCUACUCUGCUGUCUUGUCCUGGUCGUGUUAAGCCGAGGCGUGUUCGGUGGCGGUGGUAUGAGCGCCGACCAGUGGCCGAUCAGUUCCACAUCGCAAUUGAUAAACUCGUAUAUCGGCUCACCGCGAUGGCCACCCGGGUCACCGCAGUCCAUCAGUCGAUCAAAUACCCCCGACCGCAAUGGCAACAUGGGCGCGCUCCACCCAGCCGGCGCGCAAGCCCCGGCACCUCGGCAUGGACAUGGAGUCGCACGCCGAAGAGUGUCAUACACGGAUAAGGUGUUGCCGCUGACACCAACAUCCGAGGAGUUCGAUAGUAACGACAACAACACACCCCCACCACCGCGCCCGCAUCCACAUUCUCAGACGGCUCCAAAAAUCAGAAUCAAUGAGCUCACGCCAGAUGAAGAGUUCUUCGACCGAGAUAGGCAUGAUCAGGGCUCGGAUGAGACAAGCACCGCAACACCACAGGCCUUCGAGCCUGUGCGAGCGGAUCCGAUGUCAUCGGUGGCCAUCGAGAUUGGCGAGGACGAGGAGGGGGAUGACGAGGAUGAAUUCUCAGACAGCGCGUCCGCGCCAUAUCUCGACUCGAGAGAGACGACGGUCGAGGUGGAAAACAUGCAACGAAUAGAUGACUCUGACGAUGAUAUCACGGGAACACGCAAGCCACCACUGACACGAUCACCGCUGUCGGAUUUGGGGGCAGAGUCCUCGCGGAAACCUCUGCCAGCCCUGCCGGAGCAGGAUCCACCAUAA